GAAAUUUAGCAUCUGGAGAGGUUGGAUUUUUUCCAAGUGAUGCUGUCAAGCCAUCCCCAUGUGUGCCCAAACCAGUAGAUUAUUCUUGCCAACCCUGGUAUGCUGGAGCAAUGGAAAGAUUGCAAGCAGAGACUGAACUGAUUAAUAGGGUAAAUAGUACUUACCUUGUGAGGCACAGGACCAAAGAGUCAGGAGAAUAUGCGAUUAGCAUUAAGUACAAUAAUGAAGCAAAGCACAUCAAGAUUUUAACAAGAGAUGGCUUUUUUCACAUUGCAGAAAAUAGAAAAUUUAAAAGUUUAAUGGAACUUGUGGAAUACUACAAGCAUCAUUCUCUUAAAGAAGGGUUCAGAACCUUGGAUACAACUCUCCAGUUUCCAUAUAAGGAGCCAGAACAUUCGACUGGACAGAGGGGUAAUACAGCAGGCAACAGCUCCCCUUCUUUGUUUUGUGGCUUUUCUUUUGUCACUCCUCCAGACUACAGCUUUGUUCCCCCUUCUUCUACUCCUUUCUGGUCAGUGUUGAGUCCAAAAGUGCUGGGCAUUGCCAUCGCCCGCUAUGACUUCUGUGCAAGAGACAUGCGGGAACUGUCCUUGUUGAAAGGAGACGUGGUGAAGAUUUACACAAAGAUGAGUGCCAAUGGCUGGUGGAGAGGAGAGGUGAACGGCAGGGUGGGCUGGUUUCCAUCCACGUAUGUGGAAGAGGAUGAAUAAAUUCCAAUCCAGUGUUGCACCCUGCACCAAAAAUUUCAGAGAAGGGAUAAACAGAAGCCGGCACAGCAUUGUGAAUUAACUGAAGUAUUUUUAAAAGCUGCAUUGCUGGCUGUUCAACAUCUUCCUUCCUUAACCCCUCCUAAGUCUUAAUGCUGGGAUUUCUAAAGAUGCUGGUCCUGACAGAUUAAUGGCUUGCCUGGGGCUUUGCAGGAAACAGCCUGCCAGUCUGUCAUUGUCUGGGGCUGAGGCAAAGCCAAAAGCUGCUCUUCCCAGAAGAACCCUGCACACCAUUGCUACGUGUUUCUCUUUACUUCAUCCAACCAGACACCACGAAUACCAGCCAUUCGUAAAGAUUGAAUGCAUUUUUACUUUAUUCUCACAUGCCAUUCACCAGAAAUUUUGAUGGUACAAAGAAACAGAAGUUUAAUUUUGCUUUUCCCGGCAUGAAGAAAAAUUGGAGUUUCGCCAUGUGGGCAGCUUACAGGAAAGAUCCUGCAUUACUUGUCUUAAAUUGUCCGAGGUGACUCAUGGCCCGGCAAACAUUUUUACCCCCAGAUGCUGCUCAUGAUAAAACAUAAGAGGCGAGUGCUCAGGUUUGCCUCAAAAAUGAUCUAUCCCUGAGGGGUUUUAAUUAUUCAUUUGAUGUCCUGAUUAUAUGGGCAAAACUUCCAUAUAAAAAGUGGGGGGGGAAGCACACAAAAGAGAGUGUCUUCAUUGUAAAUCUUCAUAACCACCAUGAUUUCCUAGGGUUAUUUUGGUAAUGUUGUACUUGACCUUAUGAAAUAAUCUUGGCUGGGUAUAUUAUGGGUAGUUGCCAAUAACCUGAGUAAGGUGGCAUUGUUUACAGAAAUGGAUCAAGGGCUAUAAUUUAUAUAAGUCAUUUUAUAGCAGCAAUAUCUAUUAACACAUGCCUUUUUCUCCCCAUUCACCCCCACUUAAAAAAAAGACCUCAGACAUGAUUUUCUGUUUUCUAUAUCUUUUUGGAGCACAAACUUUGUUGAGGACUUUGGAGGGAAAGCACAAUGGUGUCCUUUCUAUAUUUCUGGGACAGAAGGAGGAGUGCUGAGCUUUUGUGGGCUUCCAACUUCUCUUAGGGUCUCUCCUGCCACCCUUCUUGAGAGUGUAUCAGCUAAGGGAAGGUCAGUUCUGCAGUACAUUCAUUUUGCCAAGCCUUUCCUUUUGACAUGAGGAGCCCACCUAUGUUCUUCCUGAGAUGCGGAAUACCCAUCAUUGCAGUCAAGUUUAGACACUAACUUGGCCCUUUCCUGAUGAAAUAUUUCCUCCAUAGCAGAAAUCAUGUUCUGACAAGAUUCAGAGGGUGUUUCAUGUUUGGAAACAAACAAACAUUUGAAGCACUGACUUAAUAAAGCUGAACUAGGAGCAUUUAGUUCUGAAAUUUUGGAGUAUCUCUGAAAUGAGGUGGAUGUGAUGUGCCCUCUCCCCAGCCUACUUGGGUGCCAGGACUUGACAUUCAAUGGAUGCAUCCCUGUGUUGGAGACCCUCAUGGGCUAGGACUUUUCAUCUAGGAUAGAUUCAAGACCUUUACCUCAGAAUUAUGUAAACUGUGAUUGUGUUUUAGAAAAAUUAUUAUUUGCUAAAACCAGAUAAGUCUUUGUAUAUGUGUAAAUGAUCACAAAAUAGUAUUUUAUAAAAUGUUCUGUACAGUAAAGUUACACCCUAGGUGUACUCUUGGAAUGGAGUCUUUCCUAUAAAGUCUUAUCUGCGACUCUGUGUCGUGGGAAUGUUUUGUCUGUUACUGUCAGCCAAAUGUUGUUAGGGAGAAAGCAGAUCACACAAAUGGAAACACUCCUGUGGACAGUAUUGUAGCAUGUGUUGUUUAUUUUAGUCAAUAGACUUCCCCCUUCUAAAUGGCAUUUGGUCUUCCGGUUGCAUUUCAUGGGCCUGGAGGUUUCCUAGCAGAGGAUAUUAGAGCCCCUUUUUGUGACAUUACCGAUUACAUCUUUGUCUACGUUUAAUACUUUGUAUUGGAAUCUUUAAAUGCUGCAGAUUUGUGUAUAGUUCUAAUACCAAAGACAGAAGUAAAUGUUUUUCGUAUACUUUGUCUUGCCUGUAUGCAGCUUUUGUGGAAUAUGGUGAAUUAGAGUGGCAUUUCACUCUGUAAUAUUUUGUAAAUAUGUCAAUACAAUAAAUAGUUACUAAGUUGA